AUGGAGUCGGUCAUUGAGAGCCAGAGAACUUUGCACGAAGAAAGAGAACGAUGUUUAGAUGUUAUAGUUAAAGAAUUUAUGGCCGAAAAGAAAACAGUAAGUUAUUUGUUAUUGUUUGUUUUUAGUUGUUUUACAGUAAGGAAUGUAGAUGUAAAUGUUGGAAGUAUCAGUUAUUGGUCAUUUAAAACGUUAAUUUUAGCAAAGGGAACGUGUAAAUUCGGACCAACGAUGUAAGUCAUUGUUUGAAAGAUUCAACAAUGCUUCAGAACAACUUAUUGACAGCUACAAAGAUGAGACUGGUGAGAGAGUCAGAGAAAUCGAUCAGCUUGGUGGCCCAAAUGAGUUUGCCGAGUUUUAUUCACGUUUGAAGCUGUUGAAGGAGGUACACAGGAGGAAUCCGGAUGAAGAAGCCAGUUGCUUGACUUUGGAGUUCGAAAAGAAGAUUCAAUUUAUUCAGAAUCCGGACAGAGUCGAAAAAGAAGUUGUCAAAUUUUCGGAUGAAGAAGGUUACGGCAAGUAUGUUGACAUGCAUUUGUUGUUCGAACAGUACAGAAACCUCAAAAGUGUUAAUGUAAGUGUUACUUGAAGUUGUUUUUUAUUAUUUUUUUUAGUUUGAUUAUAUAAACAUUUUAUUUGUGAUAUAUUAAGUAUUAGUUGAGGUGAAAGCGAUAUUUUCAACUGAAUUAUGUCAUUUUAGAAAUCAGACUACAUUACCUUUUUGGAUAAGUUUGACAGAUUUGAAGAAAUUUCAAAAGUUCCAACGAAGAAGACUGGAGCUUACAAAGAAUACCUCAAUAAGCUAAUGGAGUAUAUCUUGGACUUUAUCUCAAGAGCUAAGCCAUUGACAAACGUUGAUGGAAUAAGGAAAAAGGCGGAAGUUGUAAGUAUUUUACUUUUCUACUGUGAUUUUUAAUGUUUUGUUUUGCAUCUUAAUAGGUUUUAAAAAAUUUAGAAACCUUUGCUUUGUAUAAAAGUGUUUUUUCUAUAAAAUAUGAAAUAUAAUAAUUGUUUUAGGAGUUUGAGGCUUUGUGGAAAGAUGACAAGGUGGAGGGAUGGUCUAAAGAAAAGAGUGGCGCUUUGAGCAAUGUUGGAGUACCAUUAGAUUUGGCUGAUUUUGAGUCGGUAGAACAAAUUGAAGCCCUUGGAGGUGACAGGAUAAAGUCAGCGUUGGUUGCGGUCGGCCUUAAAUGCGGAGGGUAGGUUUGGAUAUGUUCUUGUAACACUUUAUGCUAUUAAAAUUUGUUAAAUUGUGGUUUAGGUAUGACAUUUUAUAUAAACUUUUCUGCAUUAUAAUGAAAUUUAAUUUUGUUUAUGUGUGCAAUUUAUAAACAACAUUGCUGUAUGGUAUCGUUUAAUUAAGCUUUGACAUUUUAGAACACCAAAAGAACGUGCUAUUCGUUUGUUUGCCACCAAGAAUAUGUCAUCGGAUGAAUUGGAAAAACUAAAGCCGAGGAAAUCCGCGGAACAACUGAAGGAAGAGCGACGGGUCUAUUAUUUAGCUAAAACUGAAUUUGAAUUGAAGAAGUAAGUUGUAAUUAGGUUUGUUUAAGCCUAAUUUUUGUUUUUGCUUGUGGUACAACAACAAAUAUAAACAGUUCUCAAUUGUUUUUAAUGUUAACCUUUUGUGUAGUUUAUGCUUAAUUGGCCACAAAGUUCGUAUCCAUAUUUACGUUAUUUUAAGGUUGUCCGAGUUGCUGACUGAAGAAAGACAAGCCACAAAGGAGAAUGUAGAGAGGAAACAAGCACGUGUAGCUGGCGAAGAUGAAGAUGCUGAUGACAUGGAAGAAGAUGUGCCAGAUGAAGUGGAAGACGACGAUGUACCCUACAACCCCAAAAAUCUGCCGCUUGGAUGGGAUGGUAAACCAAUUCCUUACUGGUUAUACAAACUGCACGGUCUCAACAUCAGCUACACAUGUGAAAUAUGCGGAAAUCAAGUUUACAAAGGGCCCAAGGCUUUCCAGAGACAUUUUACAGUAAGUUUUUCUUUUUCUUCAAAUAUUUGUAAAAAUACAAGGUUUACUUGCCGGUUUUUAUUGAGAAGUCACAACAAUUUCUACGAUUUUAAAAACCUUUUUACAAAAACAUAUUAACUUUUGUGAUGGAAUAACAAUUAUUCUUUCAAAAGUCACGUAGAGAUGUAGUGUAUUACCGAAAAAGUACGAAAAAACACGUUUAACUUUGAGUAAUACAAUAAAGUGGAAGUGUUGAAAAACGAGUAAAAUAAGAUCAAGUACAAUAUAAAGUUGAAAAAGGUAUAAAUUUUUUAUGAUUUUGUUCGUUUUAAAGUCGUUUGCACGUUCGCUAACAAAAGUUGUAAUUUUUUGGGAGUAAAAACAUUUGAAACGUGAAAAACACAUUCAGAACUAUUUGGUCUUGCUGUUAUUAGAUGUUAUCUAUAACGGCGUUAUCACGUUUAUAAAACAAUAGGGCCACGUUGUUAAUGUUUUGCUUGUAGGAAUGGCGCCAUUCUCACGGCAUGCGAUGUCUCGGAAUUCCCAACACGGCGCACUUUGCCAACAUCACCAAGAUCAAAGACGCGGUUGAUCUCUGGGGUAAGAUGCAGCAGGAGAAGGAAUCCACCAAGUGGGAUCCGAACGUGGACGAAGAAUACGAGGACUCCAAAGGCAACAUUCUCAGCCGACGCACUUACGAAGAUCUGAAAAGACAAAACUUGUUGUAA